AUGAGAUUACACUUGCUAUUCACAACAGUGGUUUCGGCUGUUUCGGCCAGUAAGAUAGUGUUCUUUGCCCAAAAUUUGGAAACCCAGAACAAUGUCCAAUUGGGAAGUCUAGAAUACGACCAACAAUCGUCCACGUCGGCAUUUUCGCCUGAAAACCACCCAACCGAGGCUGGUUCUUACUGCAUUGGCACCAAAGAUCUUCCAGGAAAGGAAUGCUUCGCGUAUUUGGAGACUACAGGCGAUAUCACUGGUCAAUUUGUGGUUUACGUUGAUAACAAGAAUGAGUUGACCGAAGUUUCGUUUCUUAGGGGAGCCAAUGUGCUCAACUCGAGAGUCGAGAGAAUCAAGACCAAUGUUGUACCUAACUUGAACCCUUCACAAGGCCAGCCAAUAAAGGAGCCAGUUGUGCAGAAGGUUUCCAGAAAAGUGGUGGUGCAGAAUGAAGAUGGAGAAGAUGUAGAGAUUGUGGAGGAGGUGGAAGAGGUUGUACCUGUUGACGAUAGAUCGUGGAUUCAGAAAAAUUGGAUGUAUGUUGUUCUUCCGUUGGUGCUUGUGUUGUUGGUAGCACCAGAAGAGAAACCAGAGGGGAAUUAG